UGCACGAUGUGUAAUGGUAAACUGCUACAUCGGUGCUAAGUUGCGUUUACUACCAUUUUUAUCAUAAUUAUGUGCAAUUAGGGACUGCUACUGUGUUGUCAAGAUGUCAACGCUGAUCGAUAACUUUCUAGAGCUAGAAAUUCGGGAAAUCUGACAGAGUUUGCUAUGAAAUUUACGGGCCAUCGUCAACUCCAUGCUCAAAUCAAUACACACAGAUAUACUUGGGAGGCACAUGAAGCUUGAAAGACAUGGAGACUGCUUUUAAAAGACCCUCGACUUACACUGUUCUUGUCACCUUCAUUGUCACUACGUUUGUCGUUCAUUAUGUCGCAGGAUCUCCACUGCAUAAACUGUAUGUACAUGAAUGUCUGGAAAAUCAAACUGAAGAUGGCGUUCUGCGAUUUGAAGAGACUUCAAAUAUCGAAUUUGCCCUGGAAAAACAAUUCAAAGAGCUUAGCUGCUAUGCAGAAAACUUCUGUACCAUAAAAUGGAUGAAGGACGGAAAGCCUAUAGAUAAGGAUCUUGAACAGUCAUUGUCAUUUCGGGGGCAGGUUUUGAGGUUUGAAUCUGUCGAGGAGAAGGAUGGAGGAGUUUAUACUUGUGUAGCCUCCGGUCACAACAAGUCAAUUCAACAGGACAUUACCUUUGAGGUUAUCAAAGACUGUAACGAAAACCGUCCACCGAUCAACAUUCAGCAUCGAGGUUGUAUCAAUACCACCGCCGAUGUUGGCAAAAACAUCACGUUCCAUUGUGAAUACUUUGUUGGUAAACACACUGUCCAGAUUAUAUCCGGGAGCUGGUUCAAGAAUAACAAUUCCACUGGCUUAGAAUUCUCGUCAGACGCUUCGGAUAACUGGUUCGUUCUUACGAGUUUACCAGAAGGUCUUGAUACGCAAGGGACAGUGUUUACAACUUCCGCCAGUUUUUCCCAAAUGAAGGGUCAAGAUGAGAGCAGUUGUGAAUGUGGUUGCACACCAGUCUUUGUUGUGGAGCUGAAUAUAUGGAACGUUUCCGACUUUGCCUAUGGGACUUAUGCACUAUGGAUCGACAACGAUGGUCAGGGUAUUCCGAAAAAAAUAACAUUAUUCAAAGCUGUUACAGCUCCGUCAGUUAAAGUGCCCGUUGAAGAUGUGAUGCACAUCUUUGUUAUUCCUGGGGCAUGUGUGGUGAUGAUUUUAGUAGUCACUGCUUUGAUGUGGCAUCGAUUCGCAACGGACAUCAAGUUGAUAUACAGGGAUCACGUGACUAUUACCAGCGAAGACGCUAUGAAAAGCUACGAUGUCUACUUGUCUUACGAUUGGAACAGUCAUGUGGAUAGUUUAUUUGCCAGGCACCUCGUCUGCUACAUGCAGGAAAAAGGUUACAAAGUAUUCUGGGAAAUUAACUGCCUUCCCGGCGGAGGCACGGAUGAUAACAUUGUGAGAGCCUUGGAGAGCAGCAGGCGGUCCGUCAUCAUCUUCAGCCCAGAUUAUCUUGCCUCCCGACGCAUUUUCGACGUCAUCUUCUCCAUGGACCAGGCCAAACACUACAAGAAGGAAAUCAUCCCGAUCGUCUAUCGAGAUAUCUCCAACGUUACGGAAGAAACUCAGAGUAAUCUCGUGAAGCAUGUCCUGUCAUCCCGCUGUCUCCGCUUUGACCAGAUCACGACACACCCCCCAAAUGCCGUGAAGAAGAUCGUCCAGAAGGUUUUGGGUGACCCACGGUCAGAGCAGUCGCUUCAUAAAGAGCUGCUGUUGAGGUUACCCCGUCCUAAUCCAACUUCCCAAGCUCUUUCCACCUCUUCUGAAGAAAACUUCACUACAGCUGAGAUCCGACCAUACGUUUCGUCAAGAUUGAGUAUGACAAGAUAUACUGAAGGACAGAGACAAGUCUAUAAUCAACACCAUAUUGAACCAUUAACAGUCUUGGAAACAGGCCAAAACGCACAACGGCUCUAUCCAAGUAUAAGUAGAUAUGUAAAUCUUGAGGUCAAUAUAUAGAAACUGUCAACAUUCUGAACUGCAAUCAGUACCAUACAGUGGAGAGUCACUAUAUAGAGCGCCACCAAGUGUUUGCGAGGAGCCAUGUUUCACAGAGUUUCUUUUGAAAAAGUCGCCCUGCAAAGUUUGAGAAUACAUCGUUGGGACCUAGUGUUGGCGUGAUUUCAACCCUAUGUUGGUAGUAUGACCUUAACCAGCCAAUCGUCAAAAUGGAUAAUGCUAAAAUACAGUCAAAAUGAUUCCUUAGCCUUAAAGAAAGGGUUUGCCUAGACUGGUCCCCUAACUGCUCCCCUAGCUGUCUUAAAGACAGGCACUGGUUUUUGCAGACCCAAUGGUUUCAUUGGAUACAAUGAUUUCAUUGGACAAACGUGCAGUGAUGUAAGCUUUUAAAAAUUGUGUUUUGGUUAGUCCGAGGUGAUGUUUAACAGCUGCACAUAUUGCGUUUGAAAGCAGCAUGCAUAUUGUUUGUAAAUAUUGUACAAAGAACAUGGGUGUAUUGUUGUUUCAUACGUAGAAUGGACUCCAAAUCUCCAUGUGAAAUUACUACGAGGUCAAAGAAACAUUCGAACAGAUCCGGAUGUACGCCCCAGGCUUGUAACCUGACGAAAUUCAUGAGCCUCGAAGUGUGACGUCAGAUGUUCAGGCUAGAGUUUGACUUUCUGCCGUUGAACACGAAAGCUAUUCUUCACUGCCCCAUUGAGAAAGUGCCUUUAGUUUUUUAAAACCUUGAAGUUGGGUCUUUAUUUUUUGAUAGUUAAUUAACAUCUGAUAAUUCAGAAGUGUACAAAUAUCUAAAUUACAUUUAAACAAUAAACAAACAUUAUUGUAAAAAAUCGCUCAAAUGGGGUGCUUGCCAUAUUUUUCCAAGUAUUUUUUCAAAAUAAAGGUGAUGGUGAACUUUUAAGUAUGACAUUCUCAAAAUCUAUGUACAGACGUUUUAAAGCGUCUAUGUACUUUUUGUAGGAUAAAAAACACAAUGUCUACAGAU